AUGAUUAUUGUCAAUGUGAAUGAUCGUUUGGGUACAAAGGCUGCUAUUCCUUGCUUGGGUAGCGAUCCUGUUAAAGCUUUCAAGGCUAUGGUUGCUGCGCGCAUUGGUCGCCAACCACAUGAGAUUAUGUUGAAGAGACAGGGCGAGAGACCGUUCAAGGAUCAUCUUACCCUUGAUGACUAUGGUGUCAGCAAUGGUGUGCAGCUUGAUCUUGAGCUGGAUACUGGUGAUUGA